AUGCCCUCUCUACUUGUCGUCAUCUUCGUCCUGGAGGUGUUCUCCCAUAUGAUCAACACCAUCGGAGCUGCCACCAUCAACAAUUUGCUCUGGACGUUGCUCAACUACCUCCCUGUUUCGACCUCCAACGCAGCGAAGCAGCACCGGCAAUUACAGGCCGAAUUCCUGAAAGCGCGGAAACAGCUGAAUGCGACAAGCAGCCAAGACGAGUUUGCCAAGUGGGCGAAGCUGCGUCGCACCCAUGACAAACUGCUGGACGAGCUUGAGAAGAGCAAGAAAUCCCAAGAGGCAGCGAGAUCUAAGUUCGACACCUACCUGACGGGCUUCCGACUUCUCGUCACCAAGGUUCCUCAAUACGGCCUGCCAUUCUGGUACUCCAAGGAGCCUAUGUUCUGGCUCCCAUACGGAUGGUUCCCAUACUACGCGGAAUGGCUCAUGUCCUUCCCCAAAGCACCGAUGGGCAGCGUCAGCAUUGUGUCCUGGCAGCUCGCAUGCAACGGCAUGGUCACCCUCGUCACUGAACUCAUCACCUCGGUCUUUGGACUUGUGCUGAAGGCCCAACAGAGCAAGACAAAGGCUAAGGUGUCUGCGGGAGCAGCUAGAACUAAGCCUGAGGCUCCUGCUUCAACGGAGAAGGAAAAGAAGGAACUUUAA